GAUUUCUGGUCGGCAGUGUGGAGUAGUUCAUUCAGUCCAUAGCCAGGCAUCAACUGCGAAAGAAGUGAAAGUUUUUUGAUGAAAUCAAUCUUUUAUUUACAUUACAAACUACGACUUACUUAUCUAUGCUGACGUAGAAAUAGUAUAUAUAAUUAUAUAUAAUUUUCAAAGAUAGUGCUGCAAGGUUUUAAGUUCAAUAAAAAUUCAAAACGAAAAACUUACCUUUCAAUACAUACAAGCCUAUAAACAACAAGGAAAAUUAGACUGAAACCUAAGGAUAUAAUUAAUUUCGAAGUGAUAAAGUUUCAUAUAAAAUAAAUAAAAAUGCAAGUGUUGCUGCCUGAGCAGAAGUUGCCUACAACCUUGUCGGACACGGUGAGUGGCAAGUUAAAAAUCGUCGAUGAAAUCCAAAGCUUAUUAAAGACAGUAAGCAUUGAAGAUGUAAAUAUAAACGAUCAUGCCAACGAAGAAAACUUUAAGGAAUUGCAGAGCGACAAAAAAAAUAAAAGCAAUGUUAAACAUGAUAACAACAACAACAAGAGUAAUGACAACAGAAAUUUGAAUAACGCUGCUGCGGAAAGUUCGUUGCACACUUGCCACCACUCACACACCCCGUUUCCAGGAAUAUCACAAUUGCUACCCAGUCUUUAUCUGUGCGGUGCAGGCGUUGCAAUGCCCAUGGUGCUCGAUCAACUGCAGGUGCGUUUCAUCAUUAACGUAGCACCAGAGUUGCCCGACACUCCGCUCUCCAGCGUCACCAAGCCACUCUACUUGCGCAUCAAUGUCUACGAUCGGCCCGACUCUGACCUUUCAGUGCACUUUGACGAGGUAGCCGAUAUGAUUGAGGAGGUGCGUCAGCUGGGCGGCAAAUCGCUGGUACACUGCGUGGCGGGUGUAAGCCGAUCGGCUACGCUAUGCUUGGCAUAUUUGAUGAAGUAUGGCGGUAUGACGCUUCGUACCGCUUACCACCACGUCAAGGCCAUUCGUCCACAGAUACGGCCGAACACAGGAUUUUUCCAACAGCUGCGCCGCUAUGAAGAGCAGUUAAGAGGCACUUGCUCGGUCCAGAUGGUCUACUACGAAUCGUUGAAUAAGGAGAUACCGGACGUUUAUGAGCCAGAGUAUCGCGCAAUGGAGGAGUUCUAUCAACGUCAGCGCAAGGCACUGAAGCGACAUUGAGUGAGAUGUGGGUGUAGUAGUAUGAAUGUGGGCGUUAAAAAAAAAAAAAAUUCCAAAGGGUAGAUUUACGUAUGUAUAUAAGCGAUUAGGGGUUUGAAAAAAUAUGUAUGACUGUAUAUUGAUCGUGCUACGAAAGUAUACGAUUUUAUGAUGAAGUAUUGAAGUGCCUUAGGCUCAAAUAGUUCUUGGUUAUGUAACGUAAUGUAACUAGUUAGUUCAGUAGUUGUAAUGUUUCUUUAUAUGUAGUAGUUCCUAGUUGAACGUAUUUAUAUGGGCAAUCGUUCCCACGCAUGUCCUUAUUCUAUUUAUGUUUACAUAUAAUGUAGUUAAAAUAGCUUUUUAUUUGCUGAAUUGACUACAUAUAGUAUUGUAAAGAUACUCGCAUAAAUAUUGCUUUGUAAAA